AUGAGUCCUCCGAUUGCCCCCCGCAAGAUUUUCUUCACGCGUAACUGGCCAUACGCAAUUGCGAAUUGGAGGUUCUACUACCACAUCGACGUGGAGGCCUGCAAGGCUUGUAGCAUCCGUGUCGGGCAUACCCCCGGAGUGCUUGAUAUGGCUGUAGCAGAGAUUGCCGUGGCCCUGACCUUCGCCGCCAAACGACGGGUACUCGAAUGUGCGGCAAGCGCUAAGAACGAGCUAGCUAUCAUGAAACCAAGCGCAGUUUUGAUCAACACUGGCAGGUGGACCAAGAUGCUCUCGUGGAAGCUCUCAAGAGCAAGACGAUCGCAGCGGCCGGCUUGGACGCGACGACCCCAGAGCCGCUUCCUCCCUCACAUCCGCUGUUCUCGCUUGAUAACUGCAUCGUACUUCCCCACGUAG